GGCACCGGGACGCGAGCUCCCUACUGGCCUGCCCCGCCUGCCCAACCCAGUAAACUACUGCCACCCAUCCGCCGGCGAAAUGGCCCACGCCCGCAUCCUCCUCCUGGCGCUCGCCGCCCUGGCCACGGCCACCGUCGCCGUCGCCUCCUCCUCCUCCUUCGCCGUCUCCAACCCGAUCCGGCCCGUCACCGAGCGCGCCGCUUCGACGCUCGAGUCCACCGUCCUCGCCGCGCUCGGCCGCACCCGCCACGCCCUCCGCUUCGCGCGCUUCGCCGUCAGGUACGGCAAGAGCUACGAGAGCGCGGCGGAGGUGCGGAGGCGGUUCCGGAUCUUCUCCGAGAGCCUCGAGGAGGUGCGCUCCACCAACCGGAAGGGCCUAUCCUACCGCCUCGGCAUCAACCGCUUCUCGGACAUGAGCUGGGAGGAGUUCCAGGCGACCCGGCUCGGCGCGGCGCAGACCUGCUCGGCCACGCUCGCCGGCAACCACCUGAUGCGCGACGCCGCCGCGCUCCCGGAGACCAAAGACUGGAGGGAGGAUGGGAUCGUUAGCCCCGUAAAAGACCAGUCCCAUUGCGGCUCCUGCUGGACGUUCAGCACUACUGGUGCACUUGAGGCAGCAUAUACUCAGGCCACUGGAAAGAACAUCUCUCUUUCUGAGCAACAGCUGGUUGACUGUGCCGGCGGAUUCAAUAAUUUCGGAUGCAGCGGAGGCCUUCCAUCCCAGGCAUUUGAGUACAUCAAAUACAAUGGAGGGAUCGACACCGAGGAGUCCUACCCUUACAAGGGUGUCAAUGGCGUCUGCCAUUACAAGGCUGAAAAUGCCGUAGUUCAGGUUUUGGACUCUGUUAACAUCACACUGAACGCUGAGGACGAACUGAAAAACGCCGUCGGGUUGGUUCGCCCAGUGAGUGUUGCCUUUGAGGUGAUCAACGGUUUCAGGCAGUACAAGAGCGGAGUUUACAGUAGCGACCAUUGCGGUACUACACCUGAUGACGUGAACCACGCCGUCUUGGCGGUCGGGUACGGCGUGGAGAACGGCGUCCCGUAUUGGCUCAUCAAGAACUCGUGGGGCGCCGACUGGGGUGACAAUGGUUACUUCAAGAUGGAAAUGGGCAAGAACAUGUGUGCUGUUGCUACCUGUGCGUCCUACCCCAUCGUAGCGGCAUGAAGCGCCAAAUCGACGAGUUCAGUCUCGAUUCGCUAGACAUGAAUAAUGUGUUUUCAGCCCACAAGACAUGAAGAUUGGGGGAUACAGAAACUGAAACUCUGCUGUGAAUAUAAAACCACAAGGACUACAGUUGCAGUGAACCACGUGCGUGUACUCUUCUUCUGUAUGGUUGUAUGGCUAUAUAUGUAGGUGAUACAGCAAUUUAUUGGGGUUUCGCAUGUAUGUCUACGACAUUUUAUUUCCGGGACAAAUAAAAUGGCCCAUUCAUAGUUCA